AUGUACGUUCAAAACAAUCGGCCAAAUGGACAAAUUCACAACUGUCAAAUCGAGACUCUGUCAACAAAAAAUCAUCCUCCUUCGCAGAACCAAAGUCUUCUAUUUGUGUUUCGUGAAAAAUACUCAAAAAGGCGGAGAUCCUUCCGCAGGAUACAGCAGACCCCGAUCACGACCGACCGAGCGAAAGGUGAGCGCCGAAAAAAUGGAACCACCGAGUUUCCAUCCGUGCGACGAAGCCGUCAUCUCCACCAACGAUGACGCGAGCAACUGCAAACGGUCCGCGGUGAAGCUGGGCUACUGGAAGGACGACUACAUCGCGCACUUUGUGCGCAACCCGGAUCGCAAGGCGCCCGAAAUAAACCGGGGCUACUAUGCCCGCGUCAAGGGUAUAGAGAUGUGCAUUGAAAAGUUUUUCAAGAAAACCGGAGACAAAUGCCAAAUCGUGAAUCUGGGCUGCGGCUUCGACACGCUGUACUGGAGGCUGCGGGAGGCCGGCCACAUGGUGACCAACUUCGUCGAGCUCGACUUCCCCAACGUUACCUCCCGCAAAUGUUACCAAAUCAAGCGAAACAAAGUGUUGCUUGAGAAAAUCCACGUCGAAGAUGGGGAAGUGCGCCUCAGCCCGACCGAUCUCCACUCUACCAACUACCACAUAGUGGGCGUGGACCUUCGCAACAUCGAGGAGGUGGCACUGAAGCUGCAGCAGUCCGAGAUCGACUACAGCGUGCCGACCAUCUUCCUCGCCGAGUGUGUGCUGGUGUACAUUGAGCCGCAGAACUGCCACAAUCUGCUGAAAUGGUUCGCGGCCAACUUCAAGACGGCCGCGUUCGUCAACUACGAGCAGGUCAACAUGAACGACCGGUUCGGCGAGGUGAUGCUGAACAACCUGCGGCAGCGGGGCUGCAGCUUAGCCGGCGUCGAUUCAUGCGUAUCGCUUGACGCACAGAUUUCCAGAUUUCUGCAGUGCAACUGGCACGGUGCCAGGGCGUGGGAUAUGGUGCAGAUCUACCACAGCAUUCCCGCGUCGGAGCGCGCACGAACCGAACGGAUCGAGAUGCUGGACGAGGCGGAGCUGCUGGUGCAGCUGUUUCAACACUACUGCAUCUCGAUCGCCUGGAUAGGGGACCUGUUUCAGGACGUGGAGAUUACGGUGGAAAAGCAGCUUUCCUCGCUGAACAUAGACUAAACGCACGCGCUGCAACAACAACAACAACAACAGGAUGAACAUUUUAAAAAGCCCCCCCCCCCCACACAUAUU